AUGGCGGUGAGCUUGGCGCCGGGGCUGUCCCGGAAGCUGAAGAAGGUGCUGGAGACGCGGACGGACAGCGAGGAGCUGGUGGCCUCGCUCGCCACCCUCUCCACCUUCUACACCGACAACACCCCGCAGGCCCGCCGCAACCUCAAAUCCUCCAUCGACCACCGCGCCCUCGCCAUCAACCACCACUUCCUCCAAGCCUCCCUCCCCGCACAGCAGGCGCUGGAUCGAGUGGAGGAGGAGGUGAACGCGCUGGCCCAAUGCUGCGACCGGAUUGGAAGAGCAUUGAGCAGUUGCAGUGCGAGCACAGGGGAUAUCAUCAACACCACGGAGAGGUUAAAGCAGGAACUUGAGAUAACUACUCAACGGCAAGAAAUUGUGUCAUUGUUUCUUCGUGAUUACCAGCUUUCUAAUGAAGAGAUAAAUGCACUAAGGGAGGAAGAUCUGAAUGAGAAUUUCUUCAAGGCACUUUCGCAUGUUCAAGAAAUUCAUGCCAACUGUAAGAUACUGCUAAGAACACAUCACCAGCGUGCUGGCUUGGAGCUGAUGGAUAUGAUGUCUGUAUAUCAAGAAGGAGCCUAUGAGAGAUUGUGCAGGUGGGUCCAGGCAGAGUGUAAAAAAUUGGGUGAUAGUGAUAAUCCUGAAGUUAGUGAUCUUUUGAAGACGGCUGUUCGUAGCUUAAAAGAAAGGCCUGUUCUUUUUAAGUAUUGUGCAGAAGAGGUUGCAAACAUGCGACAUCAUGCAUUGUUUAGACGGUUUAUAAGUGCUCUGACACGGGGAGGACCUGGAGGGCUUCCAAGACCUAUUGAAGUGCAUGCUCAUGACCCUUUACGUUAUGUAGGUGAUAUGUUGGGAUGGUUACACCAGGCUCUGGCAUCUGAGAGAGAACUUGUACUGGCAUUGCUUGAACCGGAUGCGGUGACUGAUACAGGACCUACUGCUCGCCGCUUUUCCAAAAAUGCUGAAAGUGAUUCCACAAAAACAGAGCACGAUAUUACCUUUAUUCUGGAUAGAAUAUUUGAGGGGGCAUGUCGACCAUUCAAAGUCAGAGUUGAGCAAGUUUUGCAGUCUCAACCUAGCCUUAUAGUUUUCUAUAGACUGAGUAACACACUGGAGUUCUACAGUUAUACUAUUGCAGACUUGCUGGGGAUUGAAACAGCUCUCUGCAAUACAAUUUGGUUACUCAAGGAUGCUGCUCAGCAAACUUUCUUUAGUGUCCUGAGAACACGGGGAGAAAAACUUCUGAGGUAUCCUCCCCUGGUUGCAGUUGACUUAGCCCCACCUCCAGCAGUCAGAGAAGGAGUUUCUUUAUUGCUUGAGCUUAUUGAUACCUUCAAUAGCAUGAUGGUUCCUGCUUCUGGGAAAAAGCCUGACUUUAAUUCUGUGAUUACUGCUUUACUUGAUCCUAUAGUUCAGAUGUGUGAGCAAGCAGCAGAGGCUCACAAGUCUAAAGGAGCUUCAAGGAGAAGUAGAACAAGUUCUGAUUUAGGCCCAAGCAACAGAGACUCUAUAUCAGUUGAUGCGAUUCUAGCCAAGAACAAUUCUACAAGAACUCAGAGUGCUGAGAGUUCGUCCAAGAUUUACCUCAUCAACUGCUUGUCAGCUAUUCAGCAACCAUUGGUUGGACAAGAAAUUGCUGCAAACUACAUGAAUAAGCUCUGCUCAAUGAUUGAGAUGCAUCUCAGCAUGCUUGUGGAGAAAGAAGUGGAUGCCAUCCUGAGGAGAUGUGGGCUGUUGAACAAGAUGUCUUUUAUUGAUGGUCAGAGCGAAGAGGUCAAGGCCUUAGCAGAGGUAGAGGAAAUGUCUGUGCCGGUGCUCUCUGAAUGCUUAAGAGCAUUCUUUGGACUUGUCACUGGAAAUGAAGGUUCACUUCCAGAGUUUGAGCAGCUGCAAGUUCCUAAAUUGCGUUCUGAUGCAUGCAUCCGUGUGGCAAGGGCACUUGCAGGAGCUUAUGAGCGCCUUUACAAAGCAGUCACUGACCCAAAGAAUUGUUACCCUGAUCCUAGGUCCUUGGUUAGGCAUUCACCUGAUCAGAUAAGAACAAUAUUGGAAAUCUGAGGCUAUGUGCCGUAUGCAUAGUUGUAUUUAUAUACUGCCUAUUCUUCAACUAUGCUGUCAAGCAUUCAUUCUGUAAGCUUUAUAAUGAAUGCAGCUGCCGAUAGAUCAUGCAUCCAUAAAUUUUCUUAGGAUAUUUUUCUGAAAAAAAAAAAGAGUUUUGCCAAGAUGAUAUGUCCACCAGUUCUUGUUGACCUUGCAGUUGAAGUUUUAUACGACAUUAUUGUUGUUUGCUGAUC